CGUGACCAUGUGGAUUUGGCUCUGGCUUUUGCCCCUCCUAAAAGCGUUCUCUGCCACGGCCCUUUUUGAUCAGUGCAACCACGAGGUGAAGCUGCAAUCGGGCCAGAAACUACUCAUCAACUCGCCCUAUUACCCGGCUCUGUAUCCUGUGGGCACUUCCUGUCGCUACGCCGUCGAGGCGCCCAAAGAUCACGUGCUGCAAUUCAAGUGCGAGCUGCAGCUGCAGACGCUUUCCACGGACUUGAAAUGCCGCUCGGAGGUGUUCCACUUCAAUUCCGAGGGCAACGAGGUGUUAACCAGUUCCGAAUACUUCUGUGGCAGCGGAAAAUUCGAACGCAUAAGUUUUCUCAAUCGCGCGGCGAUUUCGUACAUAUCCAAUGGACACUCGGAACCGCCUUCCGCCGUCAAGUUAAAGGAUAAACUCUCGGAGGGAAUAGCUAUGAGCACAACUACACAGGCGCCACAAAAUAUUUCGAUAGAGGAGCAGGAGGAGGAUGAGGAACAGGAGGAAGACGAAGAUGGGGAGCAGGAGGAACCCGAAGAGGACCUCAGCGACGAGGUGCUGCACGUGUUGCAGGAUGUGGGCGUCAGCGAUGCCCUCGCCUAUGUGGCUUCCCUACUCUACGACGACGAGGAGUCCAGGAGGUCCAGCACUGCUAUUUACCUCGACGCAUUGCCAAUUCGCAGCAGCUCAAAGACUUCCGCAAAACGUGCCCGGAUUGUUUCUAGCUACCCACUUGCCACAUCUCCUCUGAAAGGAGGAGGACGCUUCACCUGCCUCGUGGAGGCCAUUCAGCCCACGUGCAGCUGCGGAUGGAGCCGGCUGCCCCGGAUAGCCAGUCCCACCAACGAGGAGGCCCUUCUGCACGAGUUCCCGCCGAUGGCCGGCGUCCUUACCAAGAAGCACGGAAAGGUCUUCUGCGGCGCUGCGAUCAUUCACCACCACUACUUGCUGUCGGCCGCUCAUUGUUUUGUUGGACCGGAGACAAGCCGACCUGGUCAAUUGCGCGUGGUGGUGGGCGAGCACGACUUGGCCAGUGCCUUCGAGACAUUUGCCACCCGCCGCUACGACCUGGACGCAGUGAUCCUCCACGAGGAAUUCAGCCAGGCGAAGGGACAGCCGAGGAACGAUAUUGCCCUACUGAAGACGAGAACUCCGAUCCUGUGGAGUCGGCAUGUGGGUCCUGCCUGUCUGCCACUGCAACCGACGGCGGAUGGCAAGAAACUGCCGCUGGCGGGGUACCAGGUGGUUGCCGCCGGAUGGGGGACCACUUCCUACGGCGGUCCGCAAACCCAUCGCCUGCUGAAAACCACACUGGAUGUGAUCGAUGGGCAGGAGUGCCGGCAAAAGUUGAUCUCCUCCGGGGGAGUACCGGCCCACACCUUUUGCACUUAUACUCCGGGAAGGGACACCUGCCAAUAUGAUUCGGGAGGAGCUCUCUACGAGCGGAUCCACGGACGCCUCGUGGCCGUGGGAAUAGUCAGUUUUGGCCAGGCCUGCGCCACCCAGCAGCCAUCGGUCAACACUCGCGUCGCCUCCUUCAUCAAGUGGAUUCGGGCCAAGAGCCCCGAGGUGGCCUAUUGUCCUGGCAGGACAUGAGGCCCGCCACUACUAUGAUUUAUGAAUUUAUUGUAAGGCUAAGAAAGUGGUUUAAACAUAAUGGAAGCACGUCUUUGAUUAAUGGGGAACCAAGGAAUGGACACCAGAGGAUAUAUUUUAAGAACUGCUAUAAAGUUAUUGUAACUGAAGUCAAUACUAUCUAGA